AUAGUUAAAGUUUGUACUAAUGAAUUUGCAUUCACUUUUAGGUGGAAUGUCGACCAAAUGGAUCGGCUUCCAAACUAUAUGAAGAUAAGCUACAAAGCUUUAUUAGAUCUUUUUGACGAAGACACCAAAGAUCUCUCCAAGGAUGGAAGAUCAUACGCUGUUCAACACGCGAUGGAGAGGAUGAAGGAACUUGUGAGAUGCUACUAUAUCGAGGCCAAGUGGUUUAUUGAAGGACAUAAGCCUGUAUUUACUGAAUACUUAAGAAAUGCAUUCGUUAGUUGCACCUACUACUUGUUAGCCACAAUAUCUUGCUAUGGAGUGAAGUCUGCUGAUGAACAAGUAUUUGACUGGUUAAUUAAGAAUCCAAAAAUACUUGAGGCAAGCGUAGCCUUAUGCAGGCUUAUCGACGACAUUGCUACCUUUGAUGUUGAGAAAGAUAGAGGACAAGUUACAACCGGUAUUGAAUGCUACAUGAAUGAAUAUGGUGUAUCACUAGAAGAAGCCUUGGAAAAGUUCCAAGAAUUAGCCAAAAUCGCAUUAAAAGAUUUGAAUGAAGGAAUUCUUAAGCCAACACCUGUAUCUGGAGAUAUACUCUGGCGCAUUGUGAACCUUGCUCGGAUUGUUUUUGUUACAUACCAACACAACCAAGAUGGAUACACUCAUCCUGAAAAAGUCCUGAAACCUCACAUAAUUGCAUUGCUUGUGGACUCGGUGCCACUCUAGCUAAUCAAUAACGUACCACAAUAACCCCAUGCAUUAGGGGUAUUGCUUUAUAUGCCUAUAUGCAAAAAAGUCAUUCAUUUCUUUUUUUCAAAUUUGUUUUUCAUUUGAGUUCAUAUAGUAUAUGUGUGAAAGUGGAAUCUCUAAAUUGUACAUCAUAAGAUAUUGUGAACUUGUUCCCUCUAUGUAGUUUAUUCUUGAGCUAUUAAUAAUAUCAUGCCAUAACCUCAAUCUUCAAUAUUAUCUUCAACAUAUAAAGAUAAACGAAAUCUACACAAAGCAGAACUAAAAACUAGAUAUUGUU